UUACUCCCUCCCUCACACAACAUCUUUACUUGGGCUCUCCUCAUUCUCAGUUUCUCUCCUUCUGAUCACUUUAGUCUCCUCUCCCUCACUCAGUCACUCACAUCAGUUCUCCCUGGACACCAUCUCUUCCAUCAGAGAUCGUUGGAUCUGCGUUUUGCCAAGUGGACGCACUCCCCCGCAGUCACCAUUUCCACCCCGGAGAGUUCCACGCUGGCAGCGCAGCCUCUUCCCAGGCUGAGCAUCGGGCGGAAGACCCUGGUGGCAGCUGCUGUUGGGGUCAUGCUGGUCCUGGUUCUGGUGGUCCUCAUCCCUGUGCUGGUCAGCUCCGUUGGCACAGGCAGCACGGAUGACAGUGCCAGCCACUACGAAAUGCUGGGCACCUGCCGCAUGGUGUGCGACCCUUUCCCCAGCGCCGGCACCGCGGGCUCAGGCGUGCACACCGGCACAGACACAGCAACUACCGGCUUUCUGGUGGACAACGGGGAAGACCUGAGUGAUCACAGCGUCGGGCCGCCACUACCUACGUACAGCGCUCACGGUGCACAAGGCAAAGUGGGACGUCCCGGAAAGCCCGGACCCCCAGGACCCCCUGGAGAGCCAGGUCCACCUGGGCCAAGGGGACCACCAGGUGACAAUGCGGACAUUGUUCGAACAGGAGUUCUUGGGGCGGUCAGCACAACCACCUACAACACCACUCCGCGGGUGGCAUUCUAUGCCGGACUACGAAACCCUCAAGAAGGUUACGAUAUACUACAUUUUGACGAUGUGGUGACUAACAUAGGUGGUAACUAUGAGGGCACAACGGGCAAGUUUACCUGUAAGAUUCCCGGCACCUACUUCUUCAUCUACAACGUGCUGAUGAGAGGAGGAGACGGCACCAGCAUGUGGGCGGACCUGAUCAAAAACGGUCAGGUUAGGGCCAGCGCCAUCGCCCAAGACCAGGACCAGAGCUACGACUACGCCAGCAACAGUGUCAUCCUUCAUUUAGAUGCAGGCGAUGAGGUUUUCAUAAAACUGGACGGUGGAAAAGCUCACGGCGGCAACAGCAACAAGUACAGCACCUUCUCGGGGUUCAUCCUGUAUGCCGACUGAAGCCCCGAGAGGAAACAGGGGCUCGCAGGUGACAGAUAUCUCCACCGAUAGAUUCUGAUUUUCACUUCUUGCACUUAUGUCGGCCACAGAUCCACAGUUAGAUUGCUCCUUGGAGAUGUUUGUUGCUGUGGAUCUGCAGGUUUCGGUUACUUCCGCCUCCUCGUCCAUUCAUUACACUGUAAACUGCGUGCCUAACAGACAUGCCUUUGAUCGACAUGGGCACCAGAACACUCAGUUCAGUCACGCUGGGGUGCAGCGAUAAACCUGACAGAGGACUCAGCAUCACUCCACAUCUUUAAAUCCCCACUUGUGAAACGUGAUCUUCAGGUUCCUGUUGACUUGUUUUAUGCUGUGUGUAUGUACGAUGUUGCACAUUCAUGAAAGAGAAACUUGAAUGAAAUUGUGAUGUCUGAGUGGCAAAAAAUGUGUGAUGAAAGGGUCUCUUUUCAGCCCAUCAUGUGUGAGUAUAAAAUUGUAUAUUUGAUAUUAAAUCUUUGUGUCUAAUACAGUUAAAGUAACGUCAACUUACUGUAUUUUCUCUGUACACCGAGGACCCUGUCGAUAGGUAUCUUAUCAUGUAUUUGAUUAUGCAUGCACACCUGUUAAAGUGUUCCAUGUCUUCACAAAUGAUAAAUGUUGAUGCAGAAAUUGGUUUAAAAAGAAAACUGUGGACCUGGGGAGAGUUACUGUUGUUGAUUUAACUCAUCGUUUUUAAUUAAAAAUUAGCUCCAAAAGCUGCACGUCAUUGGUUUCCUUGAUCGGCUGUUCUGAUCUUUCAUUAUCCUGUGAAACCAGAUUUCAGCCCUCCAAAUGUUACAACCAAGAGAAGCCCGCCAACGCCGCAAGAGGCAAUCAAUGUUAGGGAUAUCACAGCUGUGUUAAAUGCCAAAUGAAGCAGGGGAAGAUUGGGACGCACAAUCAAAGGAGGGAUGUGUUUUUUCCCCCUAACAGCCAUGGAUACGGUGGGGGACGGGUGUUAGACCAUAUCAUGACAAAGCUUAGAUCCACUCUGCAAAGUAAACCAGGGCAAAUUAUGCUCCGCUGUGACUGCGACACGAGUGUUAGCGACAAGAAAAACAGCUGGCGGGCACAAACUGUUAAAACUGUCCGGUUUUCUUAAAAGCUUCUUUGACAUUAUGAUAUUCUUUCGACGCGAUUCACCUCUGACACUGGCUCCCAAACUGUCUCUCACAUGUAGUUGGAAGCGCAAAGUCAAAAGUUCAAAAGUUUGGAGGAUAUCAAAAUGUGAGAUUCUUUAAAUCAGAUGAACAAAACAAGUGACAGGAGGAGACUAAACGGCCACAAUGAGCUGCUUUACAAUAUCCCGAUGUCACUUUAACUUCUUUAUGCAGUCGAAGCCACAAAACAUUCUGCUCUGAACUUAAGCUUGUAUUGAAAUUCCUCCAGACACAAUUAAGAGUGAGGUUCUGCGCAUAGGCAGAGGUCAUCCGAGCCAUGGGGCCAUUGAGUACUGGAGCAGGCGCUUUUCUCCUUGCAGCAUGCAUGAGCAGAUCGUCACAUUAGAGACUUCAUGUCACAAUGUCAAAGACAAACGCCGGCGGUGUGGUCGCAAAGAAACGACUCUCUCUGUUGAGACCGUAUGGACACGGCCCGAGAGGCUGCAGCAUCUGGACUUUGUAUGAUAUUGUCAGGGAGAAACAGAAACACAAAAGCUUGAAAACGUGCAAAAAUAAAACUUGGUUAACUAUUACUGUGCCAAAAAUACAAGGGAUCUUGAUUGUUCACACUCCCUAAACCUUUGACCUUAAACGUCAUUAGCACAAUUAUCUUCUCUUCUUUUAUAAUUAACCCCAACGUUAGAGAUAAUUUAGGUGAUUUUCAACGUUUGCACCCUUGACUGAAAAUAAGGUUGAUUCAGGUCCUCCCACCCACUCCCUGUCAGGAAAUUGAGAUGGCUUCAGUCUGACAUUUGCAUGGGGCAAGUUGUUGAGGCGUCAGGCUUAUCAGGCCACUGCAGAGCGAGCGUGCACGUACGUGGGGCCGUGUGUGCGAGCGCUUGGGUCAGGGUGUCUGCGUGUUCCUUCUGCGAGAAAGGAGAGUGUCUUCGCUGAAAUGUCUAAAGUGACGUUAAUGAGCCCCUUGCUGUUGUUAUCUUGAGCAUCCCCACUUAGCGCACUGGGGGAGAUCCAAAAUCACAGAUAGAUGCUCUGUCAGGCUAAAUUGCCCUUCAUGCUCUGGCACAGUCCCUCCCCAUCGGAGAGGCAGCCACCUGCCCCCUCCAAAAAAAAAAACAAAAAACAAAAAAAAGAAAAAA